AUGGCUAAUAACAUGGAUGCUGCUUAUACCCUCGAUGAAAAACACCCAGUCAAAAUUGAAAGUCUUCCAAUCUCAACCCCAGAAUGUCAGGCUGACAUAGAUAAAAACUCUGCCGAGAUGGAUGCAACCCUAGUAGCCGACAUCUAUAAGCUACUGAAAGAGGCCGAAUCCCCAGAUUUCGACAGUCGAUGGCGAGAAAGCCCUUCCGAGGCGUUAAGCCCGUCUACCCAGCACGCGGCAUGCACAUAUCGACGGACUCUCUGCCUCGGACUAAAAGGCUUACUAGGGGAAAUCAUGAUUCCCGAUAGCCAAGUCUGGCAGGAUGCAGUUGCCUACUGCCGAGCAGUCAUCACAGCCCCCGAGGAUUCCAUCGCCCGGGCCAAUUCGUACUGGAUCAGAUCAUCUUCCGACGUCAGCAAAGCACACCUGCAACGAUUCGGCCCAGGGAUCGUUGCUGCAGCGCGGAGGGGCGCUUCCGAGAUCGUCUCCGACCACUUCCACGGAGACCGACUGAAAGUGCCCCAUAUCGAUAAGCGACAGAGCUUCUACCGGAAUGCGCGAAAUACGAACCUGGGUGCGUUGUUUUAUCCGUCUUCAAGCCCCCUGGCGGUUGGGGCCUUUGAAUCGGGAAUAAUACCGUGCUCGCUGGCUAUGCUGGCCUUUCUGGACCCGGAGACGGCGGUCAAAGCGGCGUCGCUUUCUGGUGUGGCCAUCUCCGAUGACUAUGCUGCGUUCUCGCGGGACGAUUGUGCGUUUCGGCUGCGGAUCGUGGGCUUUGCGCUUGGAUGCGCGUAUGACAUUGGUGGGCAGUUGGUUAAUGCACUCAUCGAUGGGAGUAUGCUGCAAUGUGUCGGCACCGGUGACCAGCUCUCGCUCGACGCUGCUAGGGCAUGGAGAGCCAUCAGUGGCUGUACGUCACCCAACAGUGGGUAUAUAUUCGGCAAGGAAAGCUUGGAAGAGGGCCUUGUGAUCACGGAGGUUGAAACGGCGAUGCACGACUUGCUGGAUUGGAGGUCUGAUGUAGCGGCUGGGAACCAUGAGAAUGGCGUUUCGGCAGCAUACGGAUUGGGCAUCCAAGACCCUUUUCACGCGUAUCUGGAGGCGAUGUUGCAGCGAGCAACGUCUAAUCCGAGGUCUGGUUGUUAUGCGAUUGGGGCCAUAAUGUAUAUGCACUUUGCAAGUGUGAGAUAUGGGUCGUAUGACUAUCGCGGCACACAUGGGGCGCCAUGCGCUGAGUGUGUUCGCAUUCUGAGAAACGUGACAAUUGGUGCAGGGCUGGUCUGGGCCCCAAAACCGCCUCCUAGAUGUUUUGAGGACAGCGCCGAUAUCAGGAAGCUGGGGAAGAUUUGGAUUGAUGAAUUCAAGGACGGUGGUUUGGUUCAAGAAGGUCUCGGCUGGUUUCAGCAUCUGGUGUCGACGGGAGAAAUUCGACUAUUCGAUGUCCUGAAUCCGAUUAAUGAGGUUGAUACUGGCGCCGAUUGGGCCUGA